AUGAACUCUGAUCUCAACUCCAUCUUGCACUCCGGUUACCAGCAUCCGGUUACGCGUGCAUGGCAGAACCAGGGACGCAACAUCACAAAGUCCAUGUUCAUGUACCCCAUCUUUGUCACAGACGAUGCAGAUGCAGAGGUGCCGCUGGCUUCCAUGCCCGGACAGUGCCGCUGGGGUGUCAACAAGCUCGAAGGCUUUCUGGCUCCGCUAGUCAAAAAGGGUCUUUCCUCUGUCAUUCUUUUCGGCGUGCCACUCAAGACUCCAAAGGACGCGCAAGGCACGCUAGCAGACGACCCAAACGGACCAGUGAUGCAGGCAAUCAAAGCACUCCGAAAAGCCUUCCCUUCGCUCUACAUCGCCACCGAUGUCUGCCUCUGCGAGUAUACAUCGCACGGUCACUGCGGCAUCCUUUACGAAGAUGGCACCAUCAACAACCAGCCUUCAGUCGAACGCCUUGCCGAGGUGGCUGUCAACUAUGCCAAAGCCGGUGCACACUGUGUUGCUCCUAGUGAUAUGAUGGACGGUCGUGUUCGCGCCAUCAAGAAAGGUUUGAUUGAUGCUGGGUUCGGCAACAAGGUGACUCUGAUGGCGUACAGUGCCAAGUUUGCGAGCAGUCUGUACGGUCCCUUCCGCGAUGCGGUCGACUCAGCACCGUCCUUUGGCGAUCGAAGAUGCUAUCAGCUGCCACCCACUGCGCGUGGCUUGGCUCGACGUGCCAUUGUACGAGAUGCUUCUGAAGGUGCGGAUGUGCUCAUGGUCAAACCUACUCUGCCCUACCUGGAUAUCGUCGCCGAAGCAAGGGAUCUAGCACCCGAUCACCCGUUGGCGUGCUACCAGGUGAGCGGUGAGUUUGCCAUGAUCCACGCCGGCGCCAAGGCAGGCGUGUAUGAGCUGCGCAGAAUGGCAGAAGAGUCGGUACAAAGCAUGGUAAGAGCCGGCGCAAAUAUCAUCUUGAGCUACUUCACUCCGGAGUUCCUUGAGUGGCUCGAUGACCCAACGAUGAUGUGA